CAGGGGCGACCUGCAGGCGCUGCCGUCAGACGCCUCCGGAGACAGAGACAGAGGCUGAGGGCUGGAGUCGAAUCGCCGCAGCUUGCGUCGAGCGAGGAUAGGUACUUACUCUGCAUCCAGAACGAAGCGCCGCCAGGCGGCCGUCCUUUUGGCACCAAGUCUGUCCGGAAACCUCAAACCUCACUCAGGCGAGCCCGGCAUUUGCCAAGACAUCUCGCGGGCUUCAUCUCUCCUCUCCCUUUUCCACCACAUCGCCAGCCCGAUCAGCGCCGCUCCGGCACAUCCAAGGCGCCUGAUCCGCCGCCUUCGUCGUCUCUGGCUCCCUCCAGCUUCGAUAUCCCCGUCAGCGGACAGCCACAGUUCAAUUCCCUGUCCGUCGCUUGUCCAUCUCUCUGUGUCAACGCCCCGCCUUGGCUGCGCUGCAUCGGCACUGUCUGUGCUGCUAUGGCUGCCGAAUCGCCCAUUCAGCCUCGCUCCAUCGAUGCUUACGGCUUCUGGCAAGACUCCCAAGGCCCGUCGGCACCGCCAACAACGAGCCCCAACACAAAGGAGCUCGAGUCCAAAUGGAUCUCGGUGCUUGACCGAUGGCCCCAGGCUUUGAAGCAAAAGCGCAAGCUCAAGAAGCUCGUGCGAUCUGGGAUCCCGCAGUCGCUUCGCGGGAGAGUGUGGAUGACCCUGGCCAACGUCGACCAAUACCGAAGAGAAGGCGAGUUCGAGAGACUCCAGCAGCAAGAACCCACGCCGAUCUUUGAGGUCAUUGACCGAGACAUCCAUCGCUGUUAUCCAAACCAUUCCAUGUUCUCGGAGGCUAACGGAGAUGGACAAGUGUCGCUUCGAAAUAUUCUGCAAGCCUACGCCAUAUACAAUCCCGAAGUUGGAUACUGCCAGGGCAUGGGGUUCUUGGUCGGAAUGAUGCUCAUGCAUUUGCAAGCCGAGGACGCAUUCUGGCUGCUCGUCGCCAGUCUCGACCGAUACUCGCAAGGAUAUUACACACCAACCAUGUCAAAGCUCUUGAGCGACGCCAAUGUGUUUCAAAGCCUGCUCAAGACACACUCCCGGAGGCUCUGGAAGCACAUGAACAACCAAGAAGUAACGCCGCUGAUGUACAUGACCCAAUGGUUUCUGACGCUGUACACGACUGUCCUGCCGUGGCCGACAGUACUGAGGAUAUGGGAUAUGUUUUACAUGCAGGGUGUCAAGGUGCUCUUCCGGACAGGCUUGGCGAUCAUGAGGAUUCUGGAGCCAUCGCUGCUGAAAAGCCCAACCACCGCCGAUCUCGUCACGCUGCUACUCCACCUGCCGCCCGAGCGUUUUGGUCCCGACACGAUUGUGGAGCAGUCCCUCAAGAUCUCCAUCAAGAGCAAGAGCCUGGAAGCCAUGCGAAAGGCGUCCAGCAAAUCCGCUCUCUCGGAGGCACGCAGUUCGCAACCGUCGCCAAGUUGAACGAGCAAAUAAAAGCACAUCUGUCUCACCAUCGGGCAGUGUCAAGCGAAUAUGCUUGUGAGCAUCCCGCAGAGCUUGUUUGUGCAUCCGCAAG